AUGGCCGUGAAGAGGCUGUCAAAGACAUCAAGGCAAGGACUUGUUGAGUUCCAGAACGAAGCCAUGUGUAUUGCCAAGCUUCAACACCGUAACCUUGUGAAACUUUUGGGAUAUUGUGCUCAAGGAGACGAAAUGAUGUUGAUUUAUGAAUACAUGCCCAACAAAAGCUUGGACUAUUGUUUAUUUGAUGAAAACAACUCCUUGUUACUUGACUGGCCUCGACGCUUCCGCAUCAUAAAUGGGAUUGCUAAAGGACUUAUGUAUCUCCAUCAAGAUUCCAGCCUUAAGAUAAUCCAUAGAGAUCUAAAAGCAAGCAAUAUUUUGCUUGAUUACAAUAUGAACCCGAAAAUAUCAGACUUUGACUUGGCUAGAAUGUUCAAAGAAUAUGAGAUUGAAGCCAAUACAAACAAAGUUGUGGGUACACUGGGUUACAUAUCUCCGGAGUAUGCAGCAAAUGGGAAUUUCUCAGCAAAAUCAGAUGUGUUUAGCUUUGGUGUUUUGGUGCUAGAGAUUGUGAGUGGGAAGAAAAACAGAGGAUUCACUUAUCAAGGUCACCAGGAUAACCUUCUUGGGCAUGCAUGGAGACUCUACAAGGAAGACAAGCCACAGGAACUGGUUGAUGCUGCCUUAGGGGACUCAUGGACUGCAUCUGAAGUGCUUCAAGCAAUACAUGUUGGUUUAUCAUGUGUGCAAAACCAUGCAGACGAUAGACCAAAUAUGUCUUCUGUGGUUCACAUGUUGAGUGGUGAGGGUGCAUUGCCUUUUCCAAACCAACCUGGCUAUUAUGCAGAAGUGACUAAGCAUGAAGUUGAGUCAUCCUCAAGCAUGACACAACCUUCGGGUUCAGUCAAUGAAGUCACAGUUUCAUAAGUAGAUGCUUGGUAAUUUCAUACAAGUCCACUUCUCAGUGAGUGGUAUACGAAAUAUGGAUUCUACUUCAAUUAAGUUUCUAUCAACGAAGUAUGGAUGAUAUUAUUAGAUUAUCGUUUAUUAAAGUAUAAACCUUCUA